AUGAUUGAAACUACUUCUUCCACGCUUCCUCCGACUACAGGAAAGAAUACUGCUUCCCCCAGCCUUCCAGACAUCUCUCCAUCCGAGAUGCAAAAGAUCCAGCAACGGUACGCCGAAGAGCGCGACAAGCGUCAGCGCGCCCGCUUCAAGGUCGUCAUCCUGGGCGCCGGGUUCGGCGGGCUCCUGUUCGCCGUCCGACUCCUCCAAACCGGCUGCUUCCGCCCGGAGGAGAUUGUCCUCGUCGACGUGGCGGCGAGCUUCGGGGGGACGUGGUACUGGAACCGGUACCCGGGACUGAUGUGUGAUAUCGAAAGCUACAUCUACUUGCCCUUGCUCGAGGAGACGGGAUACAUUCCCAAGCGGAAGUACGCUUCCGGGGAGGAGAUUCGCGAACAUGCGCAGCGUAUCGCCGCGCACUGGUCGCUGGAGGACCGCGCCAUGUGGCGGACGGAGGUGAAUCGGUGUUCUUGGAGUGAUGAAGCGGCUGAAUGGUCGCUCGACAUGACUCAAUCUCCGCCUCCCUUGAAUAAUGAUGGAACCAAAGGCGAAUCUCUUUCAGCGACCGUCCAUGCGGACUUUGUGAUUCUCGCACCUGGGCCACUGAACAUACCCAAGGUGUCUGAUUUCGCUGGUUUUGAUUCCUUCCAGGGCUCCCGUUUCCUGGCAUCGCGCCCCGAGACCCCUGUCUUAAGUAGAUUGGGGGGCAAACGAGUUGGGAUCAUCGGCACCGGGGCAACUGGCAUCCAGAUUGUCCCUGAAUUAGCCAAAUGGUGUCAACAGUUGUAUGUCUUCCAGCGGACGCCCGCGCAAAUCGGGGUGCGAGACCAACGCUCCACAGACCUAGGCGAGUGGACCAAGAACGUCGCCACGGGACCUGGUUGGCAAAUGGUGCGGUUCCGCAACUUCGUCUCCUUUACGUGUGACACGCAGCCUCCGCCCCCCGUCGAUUUGGUGGCAGAUGGAUGGACUAGCUUUCGUUCUUUGCAGGUCCUCGGAGGCGGAGGCAGUCCGAUAAUUCAUGAUCGGACGGUAGCUGAACAGCUGAAAGCGUGGUAUCCCAGCUGGUGCAAACGGCCCUGCUUCCACGACGAGUAUUUGCCGACCUUCAAUCAGCCGCAUGUGCGACUGGUCGAUACCAACGGCAAAGGGGUGCAAGCCAUCACACCCACCGGAGUGGUAGCCAACGGUGAGCAGUUCGAUGUGGACGUCCUGAUUCUCGCCAUGGGAUACGAUGUGAAACCGCUCGAAAGCCCUGGGGCGCGAGCGAAGGUCUCGGUGUUUGGACGUGCGGGUCGCAGUAUGAAUGAGAAAUGGGUGCAGAGCCCCUUGACUCUACACGGCGUCGCCACCAGUGGCUUCCCCAACAUGUUCUUCUCGGGUGUUGGCCAGACAAGCUAUUUCCCUUCAUACACAGCGACGCUGGAUACAUGCGCCAAGCAUGUGGCCUUCGUCAUUUCCGAAGUUAUCAAGCGGCAGGGUAGCGGCAAGAUGACUAUCGAAGUUACUCAGGGUGCAGAGACAGCUUGGGGGCUGCGAGUCCAGGCCGGUGCUCCGGCCCUGGCAGCCUUGGCGGGUUGUACCCCGUCGUACUUGAACGCUGAAGGCAGCCUAGAAGACGUGUCGAUGGAGGAAAGAAUGAAGUUGGCGGCUUCUGCACGGUGGCCACACGGGAUGGCCGAUUGGAUGGAUGUUUUGGAGGAGUGGCGGGAUGCUGGUGACUUGGCUGGACUUCAGAUCAGUGUCGUAUAG